CGCCGCCCCGCCCUGGAGGCCGUCGGGAGUGGAUUUGGGAUUUCGCAACCGGCGGCACCGGGAGGAGGAGGAGGCUCCCGGGAGUUUGGAAGCGCCGCCUGCUGGAUCCUGUGGUGGAUGCGCCGCUCCGGCGUGACGCUCCUCCGGGAAGCGCCCCGACGGGCGGGGAAAAGGGCCGGGAAGUCGCCGCCACCCUGCCAACCUCCUCGUGCCCCUCAUCGACGGAGGGACCUUCCCGGGAGACGCCAUAAGCGGGAGAAGAGUCUUACUGUGGAGACUGUUCCAAAGUGGGAGGGCGGCACAGAAGACCAGCCCCCAGUGGGACAUCUGUCCAGCCGUCCAGUUGCUGUGGGACUUCUGAGAGUCUCUGUGCUGGCGAGACAUGUCAGCCCCUCAGAUCCUGGUCACUGUCUGCGAUGAUGGGGCACCGCCCGAGUCGGACCGAGAUGGUGCAGACGAUGGGGGUGGCAAUGGCCCGGGGGUCCCCAGCCCAGUGGCGCUGGAGCCCCUGGAGAAGGAGUGGCUGCAGGCGGCAGCCGGGGGCCACGUGGCCACCCUCAGCCACCUGCUCCAGCAGGACCCCAGCCUCGCCUCCAAGAAGGAUUUCACCUCGUUCACAGCCCUCCACUGGGCAGCAAAGCAUGGCAAGGAGGAGCUGGUGACCCUCCUCCUGGGGGCCGGGGCGGACAUCAACAUGAAAGCGGGGGGCUACACCCCACUGCACAUUGCAGCUCUGCACGGCCACCGACAGCUGAUGGAGUCGCUCAUCUGGACCCAUGGUGCCAACCAGGACAUCCGGGAUUACAGCGGCCGCCUGGCCAAGCACUACCUCUGCGUGGAGACCCCGGAGGGAGCCCCCACCCCACCCCAGCUGAGCCCGAUGCGGGGGGAGCGGAGCCGGAACCGGAAGCUGGCCUGCCUCCUCUUGCCCAGGAGCAGCCACCCAGCCCAGCGGAGAUGGGGCUCGGCCAACGACUUGGCGGAAGAGGAGGAAGAGGAGGAGCCCCAGGAGACCCCCCAGCACCUGGCAUCCCCAGGCAGCUACCGGGCUGUGCGCAAGUUCUCUCGAUAGACAGACAGACAGACAGAUAGAGGCACCUGGACUCAACCACCUCUCUCUGAGGGAGAGGCAGUGGUGGUGCAGUGGUUAGAGCAUUGGAGCAGGACC